AUGCUGGAGGUGUCAAACCACACAGCCCUGAAUUUGCUCCUCUCCAAGCUCCUUCAAAAUUACCUGGAACAGACAAACAGCUCUGCACCUUCCCAGCUUAGAAGUGCCAGCAACAACCUGGAAAUCAUCUAUGUGCUGCUCAUGGUUGGUCUCUUCGGCUUCUUCACUGUGGGGGUGAUGCUGAGCAACAUCUGCUCCCGGAGGCUCGAGGGGUCCCAAGACCCCUACAACACCUACAUCGCCACAGACGUUUGGCACCAGAAGGACAAGGAAUAUUUUCAAGCCAAGAUCAUAGAGAAUUACAAGCUGUGCUGUGUGUUGGAGAACCAGCUGGCUGUGGAGCAGCCAGGGAUGCAAAUCCCUGAGGCCAAGGCUUCCUAA